AUGGAUACCAUACGGGGAGGUUGGUGCGUUUUACCCGUACUCUUGCUAGCGAUAUCAUCGUUCAUGACAAUCUCAUCCCGUCAUACGUCUGUAGCUCCAUGGUGUGUUAUGAUUGAUUAUGUAUUAUUGGGUUUUGAAGACGCAAUCAAUCAGACUAAGACGCAGAAAUUAUGUCACAAUGCCUGCAAAGACUCGGGUUGGUGUGAAUCUUCAAACUACGAGAUGGCAUCAGGUCAGUGUCAGCUCCUUAACGCUUCUCACCAUGAUGAGUCUAGAAGCUUGGUGCCAAGUAAGGGCUGGAUUUACUCCUUCACCUGUAUCAAGCCUACAAGUCCUGCUGGACAAGAAAAUCCAGACUACCCGUGUUUGGACAUGACAAGCAAUAAUCAAGACUACCCCAUCUUCUUAACACCGGAGGACUAUCCCAGUGCCGACUUGACACAGGCCAAAGAGCGCUGUGCACAGUGUGAUAUGCAACUGUGUUCAUUGGCUCAGUUGAAAGCUGCCUACGAUGUCGGUUACCGUAAUGAUGAAUGGGGCCUGUACGACACCCCAGGACGAGACGUAAAAGUGAUGCCGUGUGCUGGCUGGUUCAAUGCAGGGGAGUGCUACUACACCGAAGAAGGUUAUUUGAAAAGCUCAAUCCCAAAUACACCAAGAGUCGGAGUUGCUGAUUCGGUUUACUGCUGUGAUGCAUGAAAGCCUCUCUAUAGCAGGAGACGCAUAUAUGAAGCUCGUAUUCUCCUCGUAUCACGUGUCACCCCUGUAUUCUUGUCCUUGUGCGAUCCAUUUACCCUACUCUUACGUGUUCUAUAAUAGCAAAAAUAAACAAAAUAGUUAUAUUGGUAAGCAUGUUCGCUCAAAAAACGAUUUUAGAUAAAUACAAAUUGGUUUAACGAACUCCGAUGACAGCUUGGCUCUUGAGGUUUUUUUUAGAGUAAGUUUGUACAUUAUUGAAAUUCUCUUGUAAUUCCCAAUUGGUCUGUUUGACAACAAAGGGAGUUCUUAUCUUUGAGAAAUUAGAAUUUUUCAAAGAACCAUGAUGAGGCGUUCAGUUAUUGCAUAAAUUGUAUAUUAACUACAACUUGAUUAAGUCGGUGUAAGCUAUUAAUUAUUGCUUUCAUAGUUACAUUACUGCUUAAAAUAGUAGUCUAUUUUUUUGUUCUGAAGAUUUAAAUUUUUCGGUGUGUUUGUGUGCUGUUGUGUGAGGUGUAUGUUUAGUACUGAUAUUUGACAUUAUAGCUUGCGUAUAGAAGCCCUAGCAUUUUAAAAGUAACAAUGUCUUAUUUAAAAGUUAAUUAGUUACGAACUAUAAAUUGGUAAAAUACAGAUAUCCAAAUUGUUAUUACGGAUAUUGUACCUUUAUUACUGAUUCAUAAAUAACUUUAGACAAUUUCGCUAUUCCUACUGGUGGAGAGCGGGUGUUUAAACGGUUGAUAGCAACAGCUGGAGCUGUUUCUAACCGGUUGUUUAAAAAAAUGUAACACACGUAUGUGUCCAUGGAGGAAGGCAGAGCUCAAGGACGUCGGAAAACGGAUAUUUUUUACAGAUUUUCUUACUU